UCAUCACUUUGUUUUGAGGAAUCAAAUACAUUGGACYACAAGAUGAAGGCAGUUUUUGUUGCAUUGAGUCUCCUUAUUGUUGUGYCUGCGGCUGAUGAAAGACUAAGGCGUACUUUGCAGAAAUGUUCAAAAGAAAGUGACUGUGGUGCUAACAAAUGUUGUCUAGUGGGCAAAGUUUGUUCACCAAAGCUUAAGAAGUACUUCCCAUGCCAUCUUACGGGACUUACCAAAUGUGGAUGCGCUGAUGGACUCGAYUGUCGUGUCACAAAGGAAUUCACCAUUUUGGGACAAACAAUCAGGCUUAAACAAUGCAUGGAGAAAGGAUCCAGUCCUGUKGUUGAGAAGAUUGAAGAUCAGGAGAUGAAGGAGAUCAUGGAUCAAAGCAGCAGAGCGAAAAGAUUCCUUAUUGACGUACGUACAUGUUCCAGUGAGGCGGACUGUGGUGCUGGACGAUGCUGUUUAUUUAACAAGAUCUGUUCUUACAAGAUCCCUAAAGACAUGACCUGCUACCUGACGAACAAACACAAGUGUGGCUGUGCUGACGGUCUUGAGUGCCGCGUCACCACCAACAUUGUCAUCCCAAUCAUUGGUUCAAAAAUACCCAUCAGGCAGUGCGUGCCUAAGGCCUAGUCAGAUUGUACUCAAUGAACCGCUAGCUAUAGUCAGAGAUAACGAUUAUUAAACUUUAAAGCAUUA